AUGUGUCGCGCCGCCCCCGCCGCCAUCUUCCGCCGCACCGACCGCGCUCCGCUCCGCGAUCUCGCCCCGGGGCUCCGUGUGACCUUUGACCUUUGCCCUCCGGCCAGGUCGGCGCCCUCGGCCCCCGCCGCCCCUCCCCCCGCCGCGGGCGAAGGGGGGGGACCCCCCGCCCCUCCCCCCAACCUGACCAGCAACCGGCGGCUGCAGCAGACCCAGGCCCAAGUGGAUGAGGUGGUGGACAUCAUGCGGGUGAACGUGGACAAGGUGCUGGAGCGGGACCAGAAACUCUCCGAGCUGGACGAUCGGGCGGACGCGCUCCAGGCCGGCGCCUCCCAGUUCGAGACCAGCGCGGCCAAGCUCAAGCGCAAGUACUGGUGGAAGAACCUCAAGAUGAUGAUCAUCCUGGGCGUCAUCUGCGCCAUCGUCCUCAUCAUCAUCAUCGUCUAUUUCAGCACCUAACGCCGCCGGCCCCGCCCCUCGCUCGGGCCCCGCCCCCAAACCCCCAAGCCCCGCCCACAUCGCUCCGGGGGGCGUGGCCACACCCGAGCCCCUCCCCCUCCCCCUCAGGGACCCCCCC